AUGCCUCAAGAAGUUAUUGAUUUCAACAAUGUCGAACAAGCAGUGCGAUGGAUAAUCUUUUAUCUAGAGGAACUAAGCAAUACGGGACACAAGAGCAUCUAUUUUGAUGGAUGGCGUGGGUUGGCUGCAUCGGCAGUGCUUAGGAGAAUAGCUGAAGACCCUCCACCAUCUCUGCAGAAAAAAUUUGACAAGAUUAUCCAUAUCGAUUGCUCGAGAUGGAAAAGCCGAAGAGCACUCCAGAGGACAAUUGCACAACAAGUGAAGCUUCCUAAAUGGGUAAUGGAUAAUUUUGAUACGCAAGACGAUGAAGAUGAUUUCCGUGGGAUAGAUGAAGGCUCGAGAGAUGAAAUAGAAUGUGUUGGGAGAGAGAUCAUUCAGAUCCUUUUGGGGCAAAGAUGUUUAGUGGUAUUUCAUAAUGGAAGCAAUGAUAUGGUUAAUUUAAGAGAUUAUGGAAUUCUUCAAGGGAAAUUUUUUGAUACUACAUUAUUGUGGACAUUUCGAGGAAGGUUUCGGCUAUACCCAGGAAUUGGUAGAAAGGUGGAUCAUUCCCAUCUAUUUCUCUAUAGUGGGAGGAGUCCUUUAGGCUGGAAUUAUUUCCUUGAGAACGAGGCUAGAGAAAUUGCUAGAUAUGCAGAUAAGCUUGACGAAGUAGCUACAGAGUGCUCCUUGUAUCUCUUAUCAUUAAACUCUCAGGGAGGCAACAUUGUGGACUAUGGUUGGCCCACCCAUGCUUCUAGUUAUUGGGUAUGUGAUGGGAUUAUACAGGGAGGUCAGGGUGAGGAAGCAUGGGAGGCUGCAGCUGCUCUACAUCACCAAAUAUGUAUAAAGGACUAUUCAUCUAAUACAGUGCCCUCUUUUGGCUGUGAACUGAAGACUCCUCCGAAGCGGUGGAUAUUGGCCAGGGGCAACUCUGAAACACAUGCAAGGACAAAAACAGACACAAUGAGUUUUCAUCCAGAGUCGACAUCCCUUUUCCUCGUAGCAAUCGCAAGCGGAUCUGAUCCUCCAUUGUGGUCAUUAUCUAAUGACAUGUUUCAUCAAUCGAAGAAUCUUCAUGUGCUCAAAUUAUGCGGCUGCACCUUCAGUUUUACAUGUCCACCUUUUCAUUGUUGCCGCAACUUAAGAUUCCUCGGGUUAGAUAGCUGCCAGAAUAUACGACCAGAAGAAGAUGAGAAGCCAGAUAUAGUAACAAUGGAUUUUGUUAAGAGCCUAUGGGUGAUAGACAUAUGCCAUACAGAUUGGGAUCUGCCCUCGUCACCAGAGAUAAUAGAGCAGAUGGCUGCAAAUAUGAGGGAAGUACAUAUAAAGAAUGGAAGGUUUUGGCAUAACAUUUCUGUAUGGGGACAACUACAUAAUCUACGCAAGCUUCGCAUAAUUGAUCCUACUUGCACUUUGGAAACAGGCGAAAAGAAUGAAUUCAGGUUUUUUCCCAGCUUGUCAAGAUCAACUAGCCUCAGGACUCUAGUUCUAGAUGGUUGUGUUAGUUUGGAGAAAAUUGAAGGACUACCCCUAUCACUCGAAGUAUUCAGCUUAGUUGCAGGAGUAAGAAAGGAUGAUUGCCAGGAAGCCAAAAUAAGCUGCAUCUCCUUGGUUGGUUGUGCAAGAUUAUCUGACUUCACACUUCAUGGAUCACUUCCAAACCUUGAGGAGCUUGACCUCUCAGGCACAAGAGUCAAGACACUUGACCUCACAACUCAGGCUGUGCAUGUCCCAUGUCUCCAACGAGUUGUGUUGUUGGGAUGUGAGCAACUCCGAGCUAUCCUUUGGCCAAAAAAGGGGAUGGCCCAACUAAGUUUGCUUUGCAUUGACACUCGAGGAGAAGAGAUGACGAGAACACUACCAGUUUUUGAGAAGUUAAAAAAGGGUCAUUGUCAAGCAUAUGUUGCUAUGAUGGACAUGAAAUUUAUUCAAUUGUUGGUGCUCACAAGUUCCAACAUGUUUUGGAAUUCUGACACUUAUAUGUUUAGUCUAAAUCUCUGCAUAUCUGCUUGUGGACAGUGUAACAAGAAGGAGAUGGAAUCAAGUAGCCAUGGGAAAAUAUUGGGGCCAGCCCAACCAAAGUCAUUAAUCACCAAUCCUUCUCAAUGCCCCUACAUUGAUAUAUAUAUUGAUGACAUAACUAUUGAUCAUGACUAUAAUAGUGCAUCACAAUUUCGGCCGUCGGGCUGCCAUGUGGAGAUUGGUGAGGGGAUUAGCAACACUGGCAUGGAGAGCAUACAAGGAAAUAAGGCUAUAUUCUAUGUGAUGGAGAAGGCUGAGUCAUUGGAUGUGCACGAUAAUUCUUCCAUCGCCACUGUUAUCCCUGAACUUAUGAUGUCUACAGAACAACAGAAACUUACAUGGAAACAUCUGAAAUCUUGUCACGUGGUGAGAUGCCCUAAGAUGCAUACGGUCUUCGAUACUAUGUGUAGGUACUCUAAAUUUCAAGAACUACUGAACAUUUGGGUGUCUGAUCUCUUGAUGACCCAAAGCAUUUGGAGCAAACAUUGGACAUCGGAUCAUGAAGACCAUUAUUCCUUUGUGAAACUACAGAGGAUACACCUGUUCUCUUGCCCAAGGCUCAAAUUUGUCCUCGUGAUGUCUAGGUUAUACACCUUGAGAAGCUUGGAGAUCCUCCACAUCGUAUUUUGUGGUGAUCUAAGGCAGGUGUUCCCGGUGGAGCCAGAGAUUAUGCCACUGAUAACUAGAUCCUGGCAUAUCAAUAGCCGGUGCCCUAAAGGUGCACUGGAAUUCCCAAACCUGAAGCAUAUCUACCUACAUGAGCUCCAUAAGCUGCAAGAUAUAUGCGAAGCCAAGAUGUUUGCUCCCAAGCUUGAGACAUUCAAGGUGAGGGGAUGUUGGGGUCUCAGGCGCCUCCCUGCAACUGGUCAAGAAAGCCGCCCCGUCGUGGACUGCGAGAAGGACUGGUGGGAGAAGUUGGAGUGGGACGGGCCGGAGGCCGGCCACGACCCUUCGCUCUUUGUUCCUCGCCACUCGGCAUAUUACAAGAAGAAGCUGCCUAGAGCCUCAGUUCUCCGGUGA